AUGUCUGACUUGUCACACACUCCAUCUCCAUUGGAGCAUGUGCUUGAAACGUGUCUUUAUGUCAAAUCGGCGCCGAAGGCUGCUGCGUGGUACGAAGAUGCCCUCGGGGUGACGCCUGUGUUUGUGACGGAUCGUAUGGCCAAUUUUCCCUUGGGACCAUCUACGCUCCUGCUCUUUACACUGGGCCAGACAGGCGAUGACAUCAAGAGCGAAGACGGCAUGAUUCCCCACCACGGCCCAACGCCAGAUCUGCUUAGCCUUCUGAACCAGGAGGGAGGCAAGAGCUUGCUCAAUCAGCACUUCUGCUUUGCCGUGGACAAGCCGGACGACGUCGACAAGUGGGAGAAUCGGCUGCGAAAGAAGGAUGUGAAGGUUCUCUCGACUAUGACAUGGCAGAAAGGAGGCAAGAGUGUUUACUUCGAGGAUUUAGAUGGACAUAUCGGAGAGAUUGGCUCCCGAGGCAUCUGGCCGCACUGGUGA